GGUUGUUUACCUAACUGAAAAGCCUGUUAACCCACUGAGAUAGAAUUCUUUGAAAUGUUUUUUAACCAGAAUCUAAAAAUAACUCGAAGCAGAGUUAUUCACUUUUUAUGAAGGAUACAAAAGUGACAAAAAACACUGUUUACCAGUGGUUUAGGACAACACUCAAAGUAAAUUAAUGUAAAAUGAAAAGUGCCAGAGGAAAGUCCAGAUUCCUUGCAAUGCUAGCUUAAGAGGCUGCACAUUUCAGGUCUCCUAGGUAGUCUUCCUUCUUGAAUGGUCAAGAUGAACAGUUGUCUGAAGACUCAGCCGAGGUGGAGAUGAAAACUCAAAACGAAGAGCAUGAUCAGGGCAGUCUGACCUUUGAUCCGACCCAGACAGUCUUCCUGGACCAAUUCGUUACAGAGGAUGAUGACAUGGCAGACAAGGCAGCUCUGGACCUCAGUAUGAAAAAGCCAUCGCCAAGCAACCACGUAGCUCCGCCCCUUGUUACACCUACCAACCAGGAUAUCUCCACCCAUUGUCAUGGUAACCCUACUAUUGCUAGGGGCAACCAGGUCCACGUGCAACCCAGUUAUAAAGGUGCUUUUAAUGAAAGUCCUCCAGUUAUCCACCUUGGUGCUAGGGCAACUCCAUCAAGUGGGAUGCCAAUUGCAGAUAAUAGAAGUGGAAGUAAUAAUAAUAGUUUAAGCAGGGUAAACAGGACAUCUGAACCAAGACAAGACGCAGCCAAAGGUGUGAUGCAGAUCCCGCCAGGGGCCUUUCAAGAAAAUAAUGAUAUGGCAGCGUCUGGUAACCAUGAAGGAGGAUUUGUCAGGAAUGUGCCACACUCCAAAGAUGGAAAGUGUGCCAGAGUUGCCCCACAGAUUAGAGGGCCAGGUGCAGUUGCCAUGGAAACAGCCCAAGGGGUAACUACGGACUUAACUCAUCAUCUCUUACCAGUGUCAAGCAGGCAGGCCAAGUGGGCUCCCAUUGCCAUUGGAAACCAUCCACAACGAUGGCCAGCUGGUAAUGCCGUUGUCAUGGAAACCAGCCACAGCAUGGUUUCCAUGGAAACCAGUCACAGCAAAGCAGGUCAUGUUGCUAUUGGCCACCAUAGAGGAGGAACUUCUCCCGUAACUUGGCAAAGUACAGGAAGGGUAAACAUGCUCCCAAAAUCUGUAGUGUCCCAACCCAGGUUUGAGCCUAGAUCUCAACAAGAGGGAUCGGAAUCACAAGGUUCAGUUCCGUUUGCAACUGCUGAACCAUACUCGAGCUUGCAUUUAAAUCUGCUGUUUAUUGAUAGGGCAAAGCUGAGUAAUCCUAAAGAUGAAGAAUUGUCUGACGUGUGUGGGUUCGUGUCAGAGGAACUCCAUGAAAACUCGAGUGAAAUUCUACACUAUUACUGCAGCUUCUGCUCUUACAAAACAACCGACCAAGAGACAUUCACGGAACAUAUCCUGGUGCACAUGUUCGUUUGCAAAUACUGUGGCUACCUCACAUAUUCAAGGUUCUUCCACUUGCUACAUCUCCAGCAGUGCCACCCACACCUAGGUUACAAUAUUAAGAAUUAUCGAGUUUGCAAAGUCCAGAUAUCUGCUUCCCCAGAGCAAGAACCACAAGAGGUGGUGGAGCCCAUGCACGAUGGGGGGUUUUAUACAGAUGAAGAUGCAGUUGUUCCUGUGAGGGGUGCUGUUGGAAGGGCAGAAACUCCCAGGGACCACCCUAGGGGUCCUGUUCUGUCUGGUCAUACAAAAUCCAAUACUGCUACUACAAUCCUCAGGGAGCAAAGUUGUCAGACAGAUGACAACAAUGACAGCCGUCAAGAUGAUAAUGACUAUAUUCCCAGGGAGAAUUUUUUGCAUCCUCAUUGGGAAGCUGCUGGCAGUGGUCAACAAAGCAGAAGUUGCUCAACUUCGCCUCUGAGGCCAGUGGGUUCACUGGUCACCUCAUAUCACAGUCACCAAACCACCUCCAACAGGGGGACACCCAUUCUUUCUCCUAGACAAGACAACAGGAUGAAUACUGCCACCAGUAAUAAUGACAAUCUAAAAACGACUUUGAAUAUGUCAGGUGGAAGCAUCAUCCCAAAACAAGAGGGGGGUUUGAGAAGUUGUCAGGGCCAUGCCCCGUUGAGCUCGUUGCCAAGGACACAGUCAUUUCAGACACCUCAGAAUUUCAGUGGAAGAAACAGUACAGGUCAUCAAGAUGGUAAGCUGAAUUUUGUCCAUGGUACUAGGACGGGUUUGGACGAUGAAAGAACACCUAGCAUUGGUAAUGACAAGGAGAGUCGGAUGCAUGAACAGAGAGAUGGCUCUCCCUUUAGUUCAACUAGUGUUCACAUGGUGUACAAGCCUCAGAUUCAGUCAGGUGGUGCUGUUUUAGAAAGUAGGUCACACACAGCCAUCUCCCAGCCAGAAACACGUGCCAUAAGAUAUAUGAACACUGCAACCCAGGAGGACAAGGCAAUGAAACCGUCACCCCCAUUGGCACAUCAAAAUUCUUCCAAAUCUUUCCAACAGGGUCAUGAGAAUGAGAAAGGAUUGCUACUUCCACCUCCUGCCCACUCACAUCCUCCUCCUUGCAGCAGUGUUUCUCAAUCCUUCACCAGUCAACAACGAUCUUCAGCUGUUGUUCAAUCGUCUAUGGCAACAGACCAUAGGGGGCAGUGGUGUCCCACAGCAGCCAUGACAGGACAGGGUUCCAGUUCAGCAGUCCAGCAUCAUCAGGCCAGCUCAGUACAGACAUUCCACCAACACCACCAACAGGGCCUUAGCACUGAUGGAGCUCCUGGUACCAUCAUGAAGAGGGGAGCAGUAGUGUCCAAUACCAGUGGUCAUCUUGCCACAUUUUGCGGUACUAGCCAGCAACAGCAUCAGGUGCCCUCAUACUUGACCCCUGCACUGCCCAGUAGUUCAUCAGCCUCGGGUAGCUAUAGACCUGUGCACACCUUACAACCUCCUCCUCCUCCUAGACCUGCUGCCAUGGCAACGACAAGCACCUUUGUCCCUCGCAUGCCAGGGAUGCCAGUUGGCAUGGUGCCAGUUGUGAACCCAAAGUCGAUACACCCCCCUCCUCAGUUUAGAAUGCGCCACCCACAGCCUCAAGCAGUGACUACUGUUCAUUCUGCAAGUCAGAGCCCAGGGAGUAAAACAGUGCCAAGCACAAACAGUGACAAGAAAAAUGACAUCUCUUCUCCAAUCAAGGUAAAAAAGGAGCCCCAGGAUGUUGUUGAACUUGAGGAUGGUGUAUUGGACUUGUCUAUAAAAGACAAAACUGCUCCUAAGGUGGCUAGCUUCCAGGCUGUAACCACACCUACACUGCCAUCUAGUGGUAGUUCUCAGAAUGUUACACCUAGUGGUAGUUCUCAGAAUGCCACACUGCCAUCUGGUAUGCAUUUCCUUCCAGCUCCAUCUGUGUCAUCAUUUAGUAUGUUACCAGCUCAGGGGGCAAUGUUUCCAUUCCCACAGCAACCAAUGUUGAGAAUGCACCCUUUUAUGGCAGCUCCAGUUAACCCUGCCUACCCCAUGUUACCAGGGAACAUUAACCCUUCGGUACCAGGUACCUUUAACCCUUCACAUCUCAUGAUGCCUGGUCCUAUUAACCCUUCAGUGCCAGCUACCACGCACCCAUCAAUGCCAGGAACUGCUAACCCUUUAUUGCCAGGUUCUUUUAACCCUUCAUUGCCAGGCACUGUUAACCCUUCGGUUCCCACAUUGCCAGGAGUACCUCAGGUCUCACGGAGAACUCUGACAGGGGGGUCUAUCACCCUGGUCCCAGGGUCGGGGCCUGCAUGGACCCCUCAGUCCAGUCCCAGUAAGCCUACUGACAGUGAAAAGGGUCAAACCGAGGAGAAUAUGGAGCAGAGGGACAGACCACAGGCAGAAAAUCCACCAGAGAGACAGACAGAUGGACAAACGGAGCCAAUGGAUCACAACCUGUCGGCUCCAGGACCCCAGGCUGCAGCAGAGGAAGACCCUGCUGUGCAGAAUGCUGCUGAAAUUAUAUUGAAUCUUGGGAAAGACAAAAUGAUGCCAAGACCUGGAGAACAGGUCAGGAAGAGGCCUGGACAGGGGGUGGACAUUGGGCAGUUGGCGGUGAAAAGAAAGAAGGGGAGGAUGAAUUACGAGGAGGAGUUUUACUCUGGGUCAGCCUCACAGAAUAGCUCUCCUGCACCUGAGCAUCGCCAUGACAACAGGAUGUUGUUCCGCAGUUACUCAGAUUCUGGGCAUUUCCGUAACCAAGAUGAUCCACCACCAUUGCUCACACCAGGAACACCUCAGGAGUCUCACCACCCCAAUGAUACCCCUCCUAGAUUAUUCAGUGCCUUAGCCGACCCUGCUACAACUGCCAGGCGAGGUCCUGGACGUCCUCCAAAAUACCUCAGAACUGAAGGUGGCGACAGUGAUCAAGGCAGCCCAGGAGCAGAGGGGAAGAUUUAUGCCAAGAGAGGCCCCAAGCCUGGACAUUGUACAAGGGGACCGCUGUUGUGGCAAUUUAUAAGGGACCUUCUCAAAAACCCCACCUACUGCCCCCGCAUCAUCAAGUGGGAGAACCAGAAAGAUGGCGUUUUUAGAAUCAUCCACUCAGAGGAAGUGGCUAAACUGUGGGGAAGGAAGAAAAGCAAUCCCAUAAUGACCUAUGAAAAUCUGAGCAGGGCUAUCAGGUUUGCACGCACUGCUGGCUAUUUCGCUGAUCUUCCCAAAGAUUCCAAUUACCCCAAGAAGCUUUGCUUUAAGUUUGGCCCAAAGGCUUUUGGCUGGGAGGAAGAACAGCCAACACAGUGGCCCCCAAGCCGGCAGUACAGACGAGCCAUGUCAGAGACUCCAAAUGAAAACUUUCAUUGUGGACCAGCAGCAGCAGCCAUACAGUCCAGUCUUCACCUGCAGGGCUCACCUCAGCAUGGGGCUGGUGUUCCACUGUAUACUAACACCACUCCUGUGGUGGAGCAUCGCGCCACAGCAAUGCCCAUUGCAGCCCAAGGUUCUCCAAAAGAGGGCAGUGGAGUCAGUGAUGGCGGUGGGUAUGAACACCAUGGAUACCCAGUCACCAGUGGUGUUGAGCAUGACUCUGCCCAGCUUAUUUCUAGGGGAACUCUAGGUGAGGGAAGAGUGCCAGAGAUACAUACUAGUAUACACUUGCCUGCGGUUCACCAGAGCUCUGAGACCGGUGAAGGUGUCACAAGGAACCCAGGACAUGACCAGCCUAUGCAAGAUCUCUCCAGCCAAGGGGAGAGCCACCUCAGCCCAAGAGAGAGGGCACAAAACUAUACCGUGUCUACCAUGAGCUCAGGACAGACUAUGCAAACUGCUGAGUCACCAUCGGGCAGCAAUUAUAAAUCUAAUAACUACCUUAGCAACAGCCCUCAGGGUCAAGGUCAGUUUUCCCAAGGUCAUGGUCUUUAUUUGCAAGGUCAUGGUCACUAUUCCCACAGACUGGGUCCUCAAUUCCAAGACCAAAGUCAUUACCAUGAAGAUCAAUGUCAGCAAGGUCAGGUUGAUGGCGAUCACAAAUUUCAAGGUCACACCCAUGAUGAAGGUCACAGUCAAGUUUUGAACAUGUCAACUCAGGAAAGAACAUCCAAAUCGCCAUGUGUAACGGAGAACAUCAGUGUCGCUCUUAAUUUGGCUUCAAGUUCAAGGUCACCCGUCAGGAACUCAACCCAUUUUAAUACUAACCCACAUCAAGCUGAGGACCAAGGCUACGAUGACAGUGUUCAGAAGAGAAAUUCACUUGAAAACACCUCACAAUUGGAUUCAACAGAGAAAAUGGAGGACUCUCAGCAUGGUUCUUCUUUGGAUAAUGCUGAGUCUCUGUCAAAGCUGCGCUUUGAUGCACAGACGAGUACAGAUCCCCUUCCCAUCUUCAGGAUUAAAAAAGAAGUUGAUCCGUGAUCUUUUUCGUUUUUCAUGCCCUGAGUUUCCUCAACUUGUUAUUUUGAUCUUGCCAAUCACUUGGUGAUGGUAGAAUGAUAUACUGAAUCACUGAAAUUCAGGGUCCAGAUUCCCAUAUGAUGGAGUGAGUUAGAGGAAGAGGAUUUAUUAUCAAAGGGACCAAAAAUAUAUCAGUUUUAUUUAUAUUGUUCGAGUAUUUCAUGUGAAGGGGUAAAGCACUUGUUGCUUCUAAAACAAAAUACCAAGGUCCCAAUUAUGUUUGUGAAGUGUUUUAACAGAGAGUUUGUAAUUGUUAGGUUUUGGAUAGUUGAAGAGUGUUUGUUGUGAUGCUUUGUGUGUGUGUGUGUGUGUGUGUGUGUGUGUGUGUGUGUGUGUGUGACAAAUUUGACUAACUGAUCGCUUGAAAAGAAAGCUCCCUACUUAUGCAAAUUGCUCAUAUUCUGCAUUUAGACAGACAGCCACACACUACAUGAAAGAAACUUUG